CAUCCUUCCUGGUUCUUGAUAAUAACACAAGCAGAAGUCUCACUGUAUUUCCCUCUUCAUCAUGGACAUGGACCACAUCUAUGGAAAUGUAUGUGCGGAUAAUACUGAGAGCCACAGAGCUUCAAGUUCUCAGUCCACCUUAAAGGCCACCACAAAGGCCCUGAUUCUUCUUCUGGUCAUUGGAGUGACUCUGCUUCUCGGUGUGGCAGUUCUUUGUACAUUGACACACAAACAUGUGAGUAGACUAAGUGAUGAACAAAAGACGUUUGCCCUGGAUGCUCCAUAUAACAAAAUAGCAGAUAAUUUGACCGCUGAAUGCAGUUGUAGGGCUUGUCCUGAGGGAUGGAAGCAUCACAGAGGAAAGUGCUACCUGUUCUCCUCUUCAGAAAUGAACUGGGAGGGAAGUCGAGACCACUGCAUCACCUUAGGGGGUCAUCUAGUCAUAGUGAAUGAUCAAGAAGAGCAGCAUUUUCUGGCUGCACAAUUAAAAGGUGUCCCCCACUGGAUUGGACUGAAUGAUGUGGAGGGACAAUGGCGUUGGGUGGACAACAAAAGUCUCAGCGAUACAGGAGUUGUUUUCUGGUUUAAUAGAUCACACCUCAAUGAAACAGAUGAGCCUGAUAACCGGAAGGAGGAUCCUUUGGGAGAGAACUGCGCCACCAUUUCCCUUCACACCGGGGGUUGGCAAGACUAUUCCUGUAAAAACAAUAAUACAUUCAUUUGUGAGACACUGGCUAGUUCUUGACAUGUAACUUCUGAAAAUAUUUUAAAUUACAUUUUUUUAAAAAUGUAGUUUGACAUACUGUAGUUGAAUUUUUUUUUCUGUAAUAUAAUUGUUCUGCUCUGAUGUUUUCCUCGUGUGAAUCUAUCUGAAAACAAAGAAACAUUUUAUGCAAGGAGGUAAUGAAUUUCUCCAAACUGUAUGUAAAAGGUAGCCUGGCUAUUCCUGUGCUGCCUUGAACGCAAUUUCAUUCACGCUGCUUGGCAGCCUGGAUAUAGAUGUUGGUCACUAAUAUAUGAGUGAGUCUGAAUGUGAAAAAUCCAGCAGUCCAUUUCAAUGAGAGAAAUUAGAAAAGAAUAAUGAUUUCUCUACUUUGUUUUUGAUCAAAUGGUGAUCAGAAUUCCUCAUAUUUCAAUCUGAAAUGACACCCUUGAUAGGAUGACAGGAAACAAUUAAAUGUAUCAUACAAUUGGAGGCAGACAAAAGAAAAUAAAGACAUCCUCAUGCUCAGGAGAAUGUACAUCAGAUUAUCACUUAGAAACACAUCAAGAUUGACCCAGACCCAGACCUUGUGUGGGCCUGGGCCAGGGAACAGGUGGCCAUUUUGGUAUUUUAGAAUGCCGUAUGGAGAAUCCCCAUAGGACUUUUGGCUAUCCAAAAUGCAUACUGACAAUCAAAUUUAUGUGCAUAUGAACCCCUUUGUGUAGAAGCAUAAUCUUGGUCUCAAAUGAAAGGUACACUCUUUUUCUUGUAGACUAUUUGGAUUGUAUGUCAGGUGUUCUGAUAUAGAAUGACUACACAAAAUAUGGAAUAAUUACACAAAAGUCUCUAUUUUUGCUUUUACUCUGUUGGUUCAAUGGCUGUGUAUAAGAUAAACUAUACAUCUGCACAACUAAUAUUGGAUAAAAUAACAAGAAGAUUCAGUUUCUAUGGAUUCUCUGAAUAUUACAGUACCCAAUAUGUUGCAUCUACUUAUUGUACUGCAGCUACACUGCAGCCAGAGGUCACCAAAAGCAGAGGAGAGGGAGCAGGGCUUUUUUUAUGUAAAAUAAUUGAGACAUCAAUCCCAAUAAAGGUCCUUAAAG